UUAUUUCGCUGGUGUUUUUGGUCACAAAUAGUUGUUCAGAUAUGGGCUACCAAGUUUGGUUUGGGUGCAUGUAAAAAAAAACUCCCAAAUAUUCAACACGCAAGUUCCGAGUUACCCAAAAGUUAUAUCCCUUUGUCGAACUCUUUCGCAUUUUAUGACGUAUGGUGGGUCACAAUGUAUACAUUAUAUCGUAGACUGGAAUUGUACAUAACGAUUACGUACGAUUAAUGUGAUUUAACCACUAGAGGUUAAAUCCAUUUAUCAAAGUGAUACGGAGCUUUUAUUUUUUUUUUUUAUUACUGUGCUAUAUCCCGGCAUCCCAAGGGCACUACCCCGGUUUCUUAGAGUCAUCCACGUCACGAUUUUCGGGAUAUUAGCCGAACAUAGCAAAAAAUGUGACGUCAUACACACAGUCGUCUGCAAACAAAUUCAAGCAUUACUCAACGAGCAAUAUUGACAAUGCCAAAGAGGAAGAACCAACAAGCCACGCCAGCAGUUAAGUCGAGGAGGCGCCCUAAGGGUACUGAUGGGUCGGACAACGCUACUUUAGUUCCCGCCCCAAGUCAACUAGCAAGAGAACCAUCAAACACGGGGCCCCAGAUCCCAACAACGCCAUUUACCAACGAGCAAUUGCUUCAGGUGUCGCAAGCCGUGGCAGACAUCAUAUCCAGGCAGUCUCAAUGCAUGCCCAUAGAGCCCCUCCUGCCAAGCAUGCCUGCGGAUGAGCCAAGUACAGGUACAGAACCUGAGAUAUUUUCUAGUAACUAUCUUGCUCAAACGCAGAGUUAUGACAAUGAUUUGGGGCACAUGGUGCCAAAUAGAUUGAAACACAAAAUUGUAAAUGGGGAAUAUAUAAAUUUGGGGCUGUUGGUUGAAAAUUCUGAGGGGGUUGAUCCCAACGAUGACACUAAAUAUUUUUCCAUGAAAGAGGGUAGCCUUACUUUGGCCUCUAAGUCCAAAGCCAAGGUCAUAACCGAUAUACAGGUUUGGACUGAUGCUUUCCUCAUAUAUGCGUCAAUAUAUGCUUCAGCACAUCCUGAGAGCAUGGCCCAACUAUUUAAAUAUAUCCAUACCAUUAGGCUGGGGGCAAGUAGAGUUAAGACCUUAGGAUGGCGCGAUUAUGAUGUUCAAUUUAGGUUGAAGAAGGAGGCUAACCCUUCCCUUUCAUUUGCUGUUGUUGACCAAGAGCUAUGGCUCCUGUACAUGUACAGUACAACAACCACCCAGUCUUCCUACAGCCAGGCAUCGCUCCUAAAGUGUUAUGAUUUUAAUUACAAGGGGCAAUGUAGCAAAUAUCGGUGCCAAUAUAAACACCAAUGCAUAUCAUGUUCACAAAAUCACCCCUACAUUAGGCAUAGAACAUCCUCAGGCACCAGUUUAAAUUUUAGGUCUGGUGAUAUGCAAGCAACUUGGCGACCUCAGCAACCCAAGCUCAACUAGUAGAGCCCCUCAUGCCCAGUCAUUUAGACCUCACUAAUAUCGCAACAAGCCCAGUCAAGGUGCGCAUGUUGAGCAAAUUAUUGACCAAUUACCCACUCGGUUCGGUGGCUUUAGAAUUGUAGCAAGGUUUUACUUAUGGGUUUAAGCUUUGUUAUCAAGGACCACGUGUUGCCACUGAUUGUAAAAAUCUUAAAUCCAUGGCUGGUUUAAAUUAUCAAGCGAUUCAAUUAGUUGUUAAGGAGAUUUCAUUGGGUAGAGUUUCAGGCUCAUUUGACCACCCCCUCUGCAGAACCUUAGGUUAUCCCCAGUGGGCAUGGUGCCAAAGAAGGGGGGUUCUUAUAGAUUAAUUCACCAUUUAUCCCAUCCCCCUGGAAAUAGUAUCAACGAUCAUAUAGAUAAAAAGUAUUGUUCCGUGAAAUACUCAUCUUUUGACGAAGCAUUAGACAUGCUCGCAAGGUUGGGUCCAGGAGCCCUAGUAGAAUGUCUAGAUAUAAAAAAUGCAUUUAGGUUGUUGCCAGUCCACAAACUCGAUUUUCAAUUAUUGGGCUUCAAAAUUAAGGGAAUGAUAUUUGUGGAUAAGUGUCUACCUUUCGGAUCUUCAGUGAGCUUCGCAAAAUUUGAGAAUUUUCAACAUUUUUAGAGUGGGCACUUAAGCAGCAAGCCAAUAGCCUUGAUGUGGUGCAUUAUCUAGACGACUUUCUAAUGGCAGGUAGAGAGGGUACUGAAGAUUGCGCGAGGCUAAUGUCAAUUUUCUGUUCCAUCUGUUCCAAUCUUGGGGUCCCAUUGGCUCACGAAAAAACUGUUGGUCCUACCAACAACUUAGUCUUUCUCGGUUUAGAAAUCGACACUGCCAAUAUGACAAUCAGAAUACCCCUGGACAAAUUGCAACAGCUUAAGACUCAGUUACUAUGCAUACUAUCGAAACGCAAAGUCACGCUGAAAGAGCUCCAAGCCCUUACAAGUUUGUUGAAUUUUGUAUUAGGGCCAUUCCAUCUGGUAGGGCUUUCGUUAGAAGGCUAUUAUAGUAUAUUAUGCUACUUGUGGACUGUCAAGACCACAUCACAAGCGUAGGUUCAGUUUAGAAAUGAGGACAGACAUUGAAAUUUGGCUAAUGUUUUUAGAGUGCUUUAAUGGAGUUACAUCAUAGAAAACAGUAGAUUGGACAAAUGAUUUUCAAUUGGAGUUGUUUACUGAUAGUGCAGGAAGUGUGCAAUUAGGUUGUGGUGCUAUAUUAGGCCAGCAAUGGGCAUUUAUGCGCUGGCCAGCUCAGUGGGAAGGGUAAGAAAUUAUUAAAGAUAUUACUUUUCUGGAGUUAGUACCAAUAACUAUGGCUUUCGAUAUUUGGGGCAAGAAACUAGCUGGCAGGCGAGUAAUCCUUCAUACGGAUAAUCUAGCCCUUGUAUCCAUUCUCAAUUCCAAAAGAUCCAAAUCAAAAAGGGUCAGGCAUUUGCUGAGGAAGUUAGUUCUCCAAGGGUUGGUGUACAAUAUUCAGUUUAAGGCGUCCCAUAUCGCAGGCCAGCAUAAUGUUAAAGCUGAUUCUCUUUCUCGACAGCAAUGGUCACGUUUCCGGGCCAGCUUCCCGGACUCAGAGGAACAACCAAUAGCAAUUCCCCAGUCUUUUCUGCAAUUUAUCUACAACGAAGAUCUCAAGAGCUCUUGAGUUACUCCAUUUCCGACAAUACUAGGAAGUUGUAUGACAUGGCACUGAAUGUUUUUAACAUAUUUCGUAAGGCUUACUACCACGAAGAAAAGUGGCCUCCUCAUUCCCACGAAUUAGUAAAUUUCGUGUCGUACCUAUCAUAUAAGCAAUUUUCUCCCAACACGAUUAAAUCUUACAUAUCUGGGUUAUCAUAUUUUUGCAAGCUACACAAUAUCCAUGAUUCAACUCAAUCGUUUUUACUCAGAAAAGUCCUGGUCGGAUUGACCCGUAAAAACCCGCGUGCUGACGACAGGAAACCACUUACAUUGUAUAUCUUGUC